UCGACGGUCGCAGCAGGAAGCUCUCUCUUUCACCGGGUGAUUUUGUUGUGGAUAACACGUAGUCCGCUGCCCUUCAGUUUAUAAAAAUGUACUACAAAUUCAGCGGUUUCACCCAGAAGUUGACGGGGUCUUCCUCCUCGACGGCUUACAGCCCUCAGGGGCUGAAGCCGACUGUGCCCGUGGAGUCACCAGCCAUGGUCUUUGCCACACCCACCAAGGUGGUGACAGAGGCCGGGACCACCGUGGAGUACUUGGGAGCAAACAAGGUGCCGGACCUCCAGAGAAUAUUCCAGACAUCAGACGGUGUCCCCAUCCAUCUGAAGCGCGGAGUUCCCGACAAGCUACUGUACCGCACCACCAUGGCUCUCACAAUAGGAGGCGCUCUAUACUGUAUGGUGGCUCUUUACAUGGCGGCCCAACCCAAAAAGUGACCAACGCAAACCCGGGAACAACCAAUCCUUUCAUAACACCUCUGACAUGGCCCCGCUGGAUCUCCCAGCGUUCACUGUCUCCGUCUACCCUCGCCACAACACCUCUUGGGACUCUUGACAAUUUAUCGCCAUCGGAACAAAAUGUCACACAAACAGUAACAACAAUAAUGUCCUCUUUGUUAAAAAAGUGUAAAUUAAAUAAAUUUUACGUGGAAAAAAAAAAA